CGCCUCUGCCGUCAAUGAAUUGUGAUUGUCAGCGGUGGCAAAACAAAUUCACGUGGAAUUGCUUCUCUUGUGCUAUUAUCGGAUUUUGGCUGAAAAUACGGGUGAGGAUGAGUAACACGCAGCACAGGCAUCGCCAUGGGAGUCUCAAGCAGACAAAUAAGACCCACAAGACGGGCAGACAUCGCUCGAAGUCAGCAGUGGACAAUGCUAACAAAGGCAAGACUUCCGUGAAGGCCGUGACCAGGAAGAUGGACAGGGUGAUGAGUAGAGACAGUCGGCGUCAGCAGGCGAAUCAGCUGAGGAAGAAUAAGCGCACGGACACAAUGAAUAAGAAAAGACAAUUGGGAACUGCUGAAUAUGCUCCAUUUCUGGUCUGUCUUUUGCCGCUGGAGGCGAGCAUUGAUCCCCGGUCAGCUCUGGACAUUCUUGAGAAAUGUGAUCCCGAAGCUUUGGUGUACAAGAACUCCUCUGGCAUUACUUACUUGAGUAUUCCGCGCUUCAAGCAGAGAUUCUCUUUUAUCAUCCCUCCGGUGGGAUGUGGCAAUGAAUUCACCGCUCUGGAUUACCUGAAAGUGGCCGACACGACGGUCUUCCUCAUCUCAGCCAACAAUCCGGAGGGAGAAAUCAUGGACAGAUGGGGCUCGAGGAUCUUCCAAAUGGCCAUGGCUCAGGGUGUUCCCACGCCAACCAUCGCUCUGCAGGACUUGGCGUCAAUAGCACCCAAGAAGCAACUCACCAUGAAGUCAUCGAUACAGAAGAUUGUGGAGAAGUUGAUUCCGGAUCAGAAACUCGUGGUUUUGGACACAAAUUCUGACGGUUUGAAUCUUCUGCGGAAGAUUGGAGCUCAGAAGAAGACAAAGCUGAAGAAUAGGAUGUGCAGGCCUCAUCUCUAUGCUGACAGUGUGGAAUAUUCGCAGGAAGUGGUGAAAGUGACUGGAUAUUUGCGAGGAACGCCGCUGGAUGUCAACAGAUUGGUGUACAUUCCUGGCUUGGGAGACUUCCAAAUGGCUCAAAUUGAUGUCAUGAGUGAUCCAUAUCCGAUUGACAAGAGGAAUUUGGAUCAGGAGGUGACGAGAAAGGUGUUUGCUGUGGCGGAUGAGAAGAUUCAGACGCCUCUGGACAGGGAGAAUGUGUCUGACGAGGCGGAAAUGGUGGAGGAAGCUGAGGAGGUGAAUGAGGAGGAGGAGAAGCCGAAGAGGCUUGUCAAGAGAGUCCCUGUGGGCAUGAAUAGUUACACUGCGGCAUGGAUUCCGGACGUGGAGGAAGUGGAUGACGAUGAUGAUGAUGAUGAGGAGGAGGAUUCUGAAGAGGAUGAAGAUUUUAUGUCAUGCGCCUCGGAAGUGGACUCAAACGCAGACAUGGAAGGCGAUGGGGAGUCUCAGAGUGGCGAAGAGGGAGAGUAUCAUGAGAUAACUGAGGAGGAAGGCGUGUCUGAUGAGGCGAAGUAUGAUCAGGACAUGGAUUUUGAGGAGGAGAAGCGCAGUCUGGACAAGCUGAAAGCGGCUCGAAUGGAUAAACUCUGGCCAGAUGAGAUUGACACGCCUCAGGAUAUUCCUGUGCGAUUGCGAUAUCAAAAGUACCGCGGACUGGAGUCCUUCAGGACAUCCCCGUGGGAUGCGAGUAAGAAUCUGCCGAGUGAUUACAGCAGAAUCUACAAUUUCGAGAACUUCAGGAAUCGGGCGCGCUUUGAGGUGCGCGAGGCGGAAAAUGUCCUGGGCGUGCCGGCGGGAUUGUACAUCACGGUGCACAUCAAGGGUGUGGAGCAGAGUCUCUGGGAGGCCUUCAGAUCCACUGGCCGGGAGACGGAGAACUUCAUUGUGUACGGAUUGCUGCCGCACGAGCACAAGAUGUCUGUGGUGAAUUGCAUUCUGCGUCGCACGCCGGACUCAGAGAUGCCGAUUGAGUCCAAGGAGCGGAUGAUCAUUCAGUGUGGCUACAGGCGCUUCAUCGCCAAUCCCAUCUUCAGUGAGCACACGCACGGCAACAAGUUCAAGUUCGAGAAGUUCUUCAGGCCGAAUGAAGUGAUCGUGGCGAGCUUCUAUGCGCCGAUUCAGUAUCCGCCGGCGACGGUGAUGUGCUUCCGCACCAAUCCUGACUCGAGUGUCUCCCUCGUGGCGGGCGGCAGUGUGCUGUCCUGUGAUCCUGGACGCGUUGUCCUGAAGCGUGUCCGUUUGAGUGGACAUCCGCUGAAGAUCUACAAGGACUUUGCCGUGAUUCGCUUCAUGUUCUUCAAUGCCGAGGACGUGAAUUACUACAAGCCGAUCCAGCUGAGGACGAAGUGCGGCAGGAUGGGACACAUCAGGGAGAGUCUGGGCACGCAUGGCCACAUGAAGUGUCGCUUCGAUGGCCAGCUGAAGUCCUACGACACUGUCUUUCUGCAGCUCUACAAGAGAGUCUUCCCCAAGUGGACGUACCAGGAAUGUCUCAAGACAGCCGCGCCGGCAAAGACUGCCCGGAUGGACGUCGACUGAGGAGUUCUGUGUGAGAUCAGUGGACAAUAAAGGCUACUCUUGAUAUCCUGGAAAGAA